AUGUCAAAUAAAAAGUAAUUUAUCUAGUUGUGUUGCGGUUUGUUUUAGAGAUAUUACAAUUGUAUUUUUCAGAGUAAUUGUCUUAUGUUAAAGCCCAAAAAUGAUUGAAAUCACUUGCAACGAUCGUUUGGGGAAAAAAGUGCGCGUGAAGUGCAAUCCCGAUGACACCAUUGGCGACCUAAAGAAAUUGAUCGCGGCGCAAACAGGCACCAAAUCGGAAAAAAUUGUUCUGAAGAAAUGGUACACCAUCUAUAAGGAUCCCAUUCGUCUAUGCGAUUAUGAAAUCCACGAUGGCAUGAAUUUGGAGUUGUACUAUCAAUAGUUUAGAUAUCUUAAUAUAAAGUUUGAAUACGAAGUUUUGAUAAAUAAUUUUUAUUUUAAGGAGUAAAAAAAUAAAAUAUAUUAAAAAACAGCAUAAAAAAUGGCUGAUCAAGAUCAA